AUGCAGUCCAUGUUAUCACGUUCACUCUCGUAUAGCACAACAAAUUUGUCGAAAAAUCGAAGCGUUCUUAUCGUAGGUGCAGGUGUAGCUGGUCCCGUAUUAGCGUAUUUUCUUCAUCGUUAUGGCGUACGACCUGUAGUAGUCGAGCGUGCACCGCAACUGCGAACAACUGGUCAAACUGUCGAUGUGCGUGGUGCCGGAAGAGAGGUCAUACGACGCAUGGGUAUAGACCACAUAGUUCGCGAAAACAUCACUCAAGAGGAAGGAGUGGCUAUUGUUGAUAGUGCGGGGCGCACACGAGCCGCAUUCGACGUGAAGAGCUUUGGUGAUCGAGGUUUCAUCGCCGAUAUUGAAAUACUUCGUGGUGAGCUAGUACGUAUAAUUUAUGAGCACAGUCGUAAUCAUACCGAAUAUAUCUUGGGUGAUCAUCCUUUAUCGAUCAACGAUCGUGGAGAUCAUGUGCAGGUUACGUUUGCUAGCGGUAAUGUACGUGAAUUCGACUUGGUUAUCGGUGCUGAUGGAACGCAAUCAAAACUCGCCGUCUCGUCUUUGGGAACAAUACUUCGAUCCAUUAUCUAA